AACUAGACAAUAUGAUUAAGAUAUAUGAAAUUGGUAAUGAAUUUAUUUUUAUUGAAAAUGAGGAUAACUAUAUCAGUAAUGAAUUUAGAGAUACAGAUACAAAUUAUAUUAACUAAAGUAUAGAUUUCAAUCAAUAAGGAAGCUGAUUAAUUAUUAAUUAUACAUGAAUUACUUGGGGUGAGAUUAAAUAAGUUUUUCUUCUCUACAGGUAAAGCAGCAGGUGUUGGACAGUUACUUUUUGCUUGAUGCUGUUAUUGUUUGUGAAUAUCACUCGUCUGUAUCUCUCCACUCAACACAUUUCCAGCAGACAGAGAGGAUUGAAAAAAUAAGACAACAACAGGCGUUUCGCUGUAGGUUGCGCUGUAACCACAGCAACGCCAUUAUUUGCAAAUGGCGCCUCGGUGAAGUUAAGUGCGAAUCAUUUUCUUUGUUAAAUGUCUGAGCCACAAAGGUCGUCCAGCGGCGGCUCGACUCCCCCGGGAGGAGACGACGACGGCCGGACGUGUCUUCGCUCCCUGCGCCAGUUCGUCGAUCAGGAGAAAGUUCACCUGCGCUGCGCGGCGCGCGGACCGGAAGAGCUGCGCUACGUCAUCUACCGCUGCGCGUUCACCAAGGUGAUCGCUCGAGCGACGACCUACAGGAGGCUGCUGUCGACCAUAAAGGCCGAGUACGACGAAGUCAUCGUGGAGCUGAAGAGGAGGGAGGCUGGUGCCGAGGCGGCCCGGCGAAAUCUGGCGGCCUCGACGUCACGUCCAAGAUCACUGAUGACCUGCCGGAGACGAGCCGAGCAGCUGAGGGACAGAAUCUCAGACCUUCAGAAGGACACGUCAGAACUCCAGGAGGAGCUGAAGAGGCAGAAAUCAUGUGAAGAGCAGCGCACGUGGAUCCCUGGUUUGACGGUGGCCGAGUCCGGGGAUGCUGAGGCUCUUGACGAGCACCUGAGGCACCUGGAGGCCCAGAGCGCCGCUCUGCUGGACAGGAAGAGCCGCUGCGUCUCUCUGGAGGUCAAAGGUGAGCUGGACGCCGAGCUGCAGGCCGCUGGGCGUCGCCGAGACGAGCUGAGCGCCGAGAACCACCGACUGAAAGUCCUACACAAGCGUCUGAGGCUCGUGUGCGAGCGUCUGGAGGACGAGGGGCGUCAGGUUCCUCUGGAGGAACUCCUGAGUUCCACUCUGGAGAACAUCAGACGGAUCAGCGUGACGGACGACGACAGCCGCAGCAUUGACGCCGAGCUGUUCGGGGACGAGGAGCCGACCGGGGUGGACGGGUCCGAGCUGGUGGCCGAUCACCUGGACAGGUUUAAUGAGCUCUUCGAGUCGGCUCAGUACGAAGACGCCGCUCUCGUCGCCGCCAGGUCUCCUGGAGGAGUCCUAAGGAACCUGGACACCAUGGAGAUGUUUCAAGGUGUGACGGCCCCCCCGGGGUCGGUCCCCCCUCUGCUCCUCUUCUUCCAGGCCCUGCUGGUCACUGUCCCGUCUGGCGUGGAGCUGUCGGCCGACCUCUCGCUGCACUGCGUCCCUUUCGCCCUGCGGAGCGGCGCCUCGCAGCUCGUCGCCCACGCCGUCACUCAGAACAAACUGACCUUCUCCGAGCCGCUGGGCGACGUCCUCACCGAGCACGCUCAGGAGAACCCCGGCGUGGCCGACCUGUGCCUGGCGUUGGCCACGCUUGUCUACCAGGCUUGCGGGCAGAGCAGGAAGUCUACACUGAUCAUGUGCAGGAGAGGCCUCGUCCACAGCGCCGCCGAGUUCAUGAGCCACUGCACAGACCUCACAGCUGAGGACUUUAUCUGGGUUGUGUGUCGCUCGCCCGGCGGCCUCCCCCUCCUCAGGCUGUUGACGGAGCCUCGGUGCGGGGGCCGGGCAGCCAUCUUGUCCGUGGGCGGGGCCUGUUCCGCGCUGCUGGUCGACCCUCAGCGGCGUGAGUUAGCGCUGCGGCUCCUGGACGACUUCGUCGGCCGAGGACGAGGGGUUCUGGAGGACGUGAUCUUGCAGGACAGUGACUCUUCGGUGGACGUCUGGAUCCACGUGGCCUCUCUGUGCUCCGAGCUGCAGCGUGCCGACCUGAGCCGGGCCGUCCUGUCCGUCCUGCUGGACCAGGGCGGGACCAGGGUCCUGACGCCGGACCUGGAGGGAGCCCGCCUCAUGGAACACGUGUUCAUGUGACUUUCAAUGACGUCUGUGUGGUGAAAUUUGAAGUUUUAAGGUAAUAAAUCAGCCUUAAGAAGAACCUAAUAAUAAAAAACUGUUGUAUUAUUCUA